AAUAAGCGUCGAAUUUUUUGUCGAUUUUACCGAUACGGCAGGUGCGCUUACGGUGACGAGUGUAGGUUUGUACAUCAGAAGGCUUCAAGAACUGAGCGAAGCUUCGGACAGAAGCCUUUUCGUGGCGAAUCUGGUCUGGAGCCUGAAACCGACGAUAAUUGUUCGCCUAAAGUCGUGCCAGAUAACUCAAAUGAAUCGGGAAAAAAUAGAGUUCAGGAACCUGGAAAGGUUUCUAGGCCUCCUUGGCGUCCAAAAUCCUAUCGACCACGUGUCUUUCUUAAAAGAGAGCAAGUUGGAACCGAAGAGCAGAAAGGGGAGAGGGAAAAAGAUAUAAAUUAUUUUAAAAGAAGAUUUGAAGAAACAGAGCUUCGUUGCCUGGAGAGUAAUGCCGCUGAAAUUGAAUUCACUUAUACCGUAACAGAUCCAGAUUGGCCGUUUGAUGUGCGCUCAUUAAAGUGUAUUUUUUGUAUUCCUGAGGAGUAUCCUGUUGCCAGAGGAGACCUGCGUCUAGCGGAAUCUUCUUUACCAAAGGUUCUAGUUUUACAUAUCGAGAAGGAAAUGGAAGGACUUUUGGCGUCUUUGCAUAAAAAUUCAGAAGAAAAAGAUGCAUUUGAAUCAGUUGGUCGGCAGAUAAUUCGAUGGCUAGACAGAUCUAUUCUUGAUCUGUUCAUCAAGGGUAGACUGAAGUUUUUGGUACAGGAGGAAGUUGAGGGAGAAGGAGUCAAUAACGAUGAAACAACUGACAACUUGUCAGCUGAAGACGAUUGUGAUACCCGGGUCUCUGAUACUGCCGCGCAAGACGAGGAACGGUGUCUUCCCAAUGAUCCCAGCGAAUCCGUCAUGGUUUCUGACAAUCAGACGAGUCGGGAGACAAGAGAUGCCAUCGAAGUUAGGAUUAACUGGAAUAAUGUUGAUGGAAAUAUUGCAUCUCUUUACGCACGAUCUCUGGCUUUCCAAACGAAAUGUAUGAGAUGCAGUUGUCCAGGUUUUAUGAACUGUGUUGAAAAGCAGCUGACGACUGCACAUUGCAAACAGUUCGUUUUUAACGUCAAAAUGAAUCUUACCUAUGGUUCGUCUCAUAAAUCUUGGUGUCAUAAUUGUCACUCCAAGUGCGAGUUCUCUAUUAGUUCACUGCGGUUUUCUGGUAACGUUAAUUCGAUAGCUUUAGAAGAUUCUUCUAUGAAAAAGCUUCAGGUGGCGAAAAAAAAGAAGGUUGACCAGCAGCUUGUAAUUGUUGAGGGAGCACCUCUGCCCGAAUAUGGCACAUGUAAACAUUUUAAAAAAAGUUAUAGGUGGUUCAGAUUUCCAUGUUGUGGUAAGGUUUACCCAUGCGAUCAGUGUCAUGAUGAUGGUGAAACAGAACAUGAGAUGGUUUUCGCGACCCGAAUAAUCUGUGGAUUCUGUAGUAAAGAACAGCCUUAUAUUGGAAACAAACCCUGCUCGAACUGUAAGAAUGCUGUCAUUGCGUCGAAGUCGUCAUUUUGGGAAGGCGGAAAGGGAUGUCGAGAUAAAACAAAAAUGAACCGGUAA